UAUACUUCGAACUUAUUUUAUUAUUAUUUAUUAAGUCGAAAUACACAUUUUAAUGUAUUGAAAAUUUGGUUGUGAAAUAAUCUCAUUUAGAAUUCUCCAAAUAUAGCAAACCAAGUUGAAUUGAAAACGUACAAAUUUAAUGCAUAGGUAUGUUUAUAUGUACAUAUAUAUAGGAUUGUAUGCGAUUUAAUAAUUUUUUAUCGAUUUCCGUACUUGAAAUGGUUUAGCAGCUGUUACAUUUUUCAUAGUGAAUUGCCACCUGUCAUGCUCCUGAAUAAUUAAAUCACCAGUUGUGGUUAAUUUUGCUUUAGUUUCAAAUGCAUUUGGCUUCAACUGUUCAUUAAGGAGUUUUUUAACAUUUUGCUAGUUUCACAACAAUUUGAACGCACAUGUGUAGGUGUAUGUAUAUUAUAAGGCGCUAAAUAUAUAAAAAGUAGCAGAACUAUUUCGUCAUAAAGUUUAUCAUAAUAAGUUGAGGUUUUUGAUACGCCUAGUUCUUACUAUAUAUAAUCGUACAUCUCGCAGUUUUUUCUCUAAUGCUCCGAAAUUCUCAUUGAAUUUUCUAUUGAAACUCUCAUAGUGCAUUUUAUAUCUUUACACAUUUCAAAAUACACUUGCUGCAAAUCUAAAAAUUUCUAAAAUCCGACUUUAAUAACUUCUCCAUUGUACCUGGAAUUAACGGCGUUCUUAAGUUUGACAAAUUUUUAGAACAAAAAGAUAAAGCAAGACUUCGACAGUAAAAACUUUUCGAACUAUUUUAUUUCAACAAAUUAGGUUGAUCUUUAAAACUGACUAUCAUACUUGUAGUAGAACUCACAAUCUGUGCGUUUAAGGCUAGUUAAGGAAUAUCUAACCUCACUAUCAAUGGAAUCGAGUCUUUUUGUGAUACGUUAAGUACGGUUACCAGGCCACAGUGAAAUCUUAUUUAACUGCAAAGUUGACGUUGAUCAGAACUCCGCUGUCUCAGUGCGUUCUACUACUGGAUAGCGGAGCAGCGCGGGAGCUUGGCUAGCAUUUUUCUACCGUUAAUGAUUAUGAUGUCGCAAGCCGAAACAUUGAUCUCUAAGAUCUAGUGAGCUCUACGCUCUCAAUAAAGCUAGCAUUUUACUAACUUUAAGGGUUCUAGCUGGUCAUUGCCUUAACGUUGUACACGCGUUGAAUUUUCCGCAGCAACUCUAAGCGUUUCAAAAAAAGCACCUUUAAAGUUUCGAAAGCCUAUUAAACUAAGUUAUAAAAGUCUGGCUAAUAUGCGUAUAUCUCCGAAACUAUUUGCCGAUUUUUUGAAAUUCAGAGAAUUCCCUUUAGUGGGUUUAGGUUUGCAACAUACAUUACUGGAACUAACUAACUAGAGAAAAUGUAAGCAAAUUUCAGUUGAAUAAAAACGUUUAUUAGCUGUCUACACAUCACUCUGCUAGUAAUAAAAUUUAAAAAAGGUUUCGGUAUUGGAAGUCAAGCUGAAAUUGUUGAUGUAAAAAUAUUAAUUGGCAGUGAUUGAUGAGAUAUUUUUAUGAAUCCUCGUUGAUAUAUAGUUUAGUCAUGCAUGGAAAGACCCGGACCCGGACCCGGAAGACCCGGAAUUAAGAAUUUAAUAAGUAGUAUCUAAUUUGGUCUAUGUAUAUGGUACCUAAGCUAAAGAGCAAGGAAUUUUAAGUAAGCUUAAUAGUAUUUCACAACAGUUAGAAAUACUAUUGCGAGAAUUUUAGUAAUUAACCACCUUUUACAAUGGCUUUAGUUGUUUCGCUUAGUAUCUGCUGCAUUUUUAAUCAAUUAAUGCAAUUUUAUGACACCAUACUAUCUAAUCGACUAACUGAUAAUCUGUCUACAAAUCAACGACCACAUAAACAACACUGCAAAAAUGCCAAAACAAAUGCAACCAUGGCAAUAAACCGUUAAAUGAUACCAUAGAUAGUAAAAAACUCUUCAUUUUGUUUCUAAACCAAAACCGGGCGUGUGAAAGUAGAAAAGCGAGAGAUACAGUGAAAGAGUGAGCGCGUGUAACAGCGUGAAAAAGAUAAAAAAAAAAGUAGCAGCAUAAUACAGCAAAAUGUCAUUACUGACGGGUAGUGCGAAUACUAUCAAGUACGUGCUCUUGGCAUUCAAUUUUAUAUUUAUGAUCACUGGCAUCAUAUUGAUUGCUGUCGGCGUUGGUGUAGCAUCCGUUUUCUAUGGUUAUCAAACAGUACUUGCUAGUAAUUUCUUUUCAAUACCGACUUUUCUCAUCGUCAUUGGCGUCUUCGUGAUAUUCAUUUCAUUUUUCGGCUGUUGGGGUGCUAUCAAAGAGAACUAUUGCCUAACGCUAAUAUUCGCCAUUUUGCUCGGCUUCAUUUUUAUACUGGAAUUGGCAGCCGGCAUUAGUGGUUAUGUCUUGCGUUCCGAUGCGACAAACCUAAUCGAACAGAGCCUAGAGAAUACACUUAAAGAAUAUAGCCAAAUAAAUGAGAAUAAUCCAUACACAAUAAUUUGGGAUUAUGUGCAAAAUAAUUUCGAUUGCUGUGGUGUGAACAGCUACACCGAUUGGAAACAAUUCAAUGGCAGUUUACCACUUUCUUGCUGUUACAUUCCCGCUGGUGUUGUUGGCUCAUACAGUUGCACUAAUGCCACAGAAAACACUAGGCGUCAUGAGGAUGGUUGUUUGUCGAAAUUUUCGAUAUUUAUAGAAGCGCAUGCCGUUAGUUUGGGCGCUUGUGGCAUUGUGUUGGCCAUCAUUCAGUUCUUCGGCGUCUUGUUUGCCUGCUAUGUUGCACGUGAGAUAAAAAUCCGUAAUGGCAUAACCGGUUGCAUGGGAUGAGUUCGUCAAAUCGACAGCGGGAUAGUUUUAUAUUAUUAAAAGUGAGGUCUUUCCUAAACUAAUUUUGUUUAUAAAUUAACCAUUUCAUAUACACAUAUCCUAUAUAUUGUAGCGCUUAUGUAUUUAAGUAAACUGGCAUUUUACUUUGCUUUAAGUUAUUGGCUAAAGAAAUGUAUGUGGUAUUCUCUUAAAAUAUCAUUAAAAUAAAUUAAUAACAAAAACGAAAA